CUGUUCGUAGAAUGAUUUCAACUGCGGAAAAGUGUGUACAUGUUGUUUUGGGAGUGUUUUCUUAAAAAAAUGAUUUUUCACGUUUCCGUCGGUUUUGGAACUCGAAAAUGGUCCGAAAAUGCGAUUAGGAACGCGCUACAGUGUUUGAACGAUGCAUGAAGUCGUUUUUAAGCCGCGGUAUUGUGUUUAAUAAGUGAUUGUCCGUACACUCAUUAUUAAUGGCAGGCGAUCAUGUUCUGGUUAGUGCCUGACGUAUUGAGGAAAAAGUUUUUUUUUUUGCAAGCUGUGGAAAAAAUAGAAGUUUGGAAGUGGAAAGCGAGUGCGUGAAAAAAGAGAGCGAAUGCAUCACCAGAAACAUAUUGCGGGGGUUUAAUUUUAAGUAAAAGUUGUGUUUCUAUUCAGCAAUGAAUGUUUUUAUCUCUGCAAAAUUGGGUACAAAUUGUUUUCUUAGAAUUAUAAUCGAUCAAAUUUGCCAGACUUAUUGCUGAUUUAUAAUUUAGUGUUUUUCAUGUUUUUAGUAUGCAAAAAACAGUGAAAAUUAUGUUAAGAGUAUGUGAACUGGAAAAUGCCGUGAUUUCCUCAAUCUAACAGUGAAAAUAUGAUUAAUUGUUUAUUUGGCUGGUAAAUGUCAAAGGAUUCAAAAAAAGGUGAAAAAAGUGAAUAUUGGCCAACCAUUUGUGCAGUUUGAGAGAGAAAAUUCAAUUCAAGGAUAGGCGAAAAACAACAACAAAGAUAAGGAUGGAUCAAUGCUCAAGCCUGCUGCUGUCUGCUUUGUUGAGCACGAUAAUCAUCGGCGGUUUAUAUAAUCCAGUAGAAGCGCAACUUCGACCGCGGAUAAUCGAACAUCCGGCAGAUGCAGUGGCUGCCAAAGAAGAACCGCUUACACUAAAUUGCAAAGCUGCAGGACGUCCUCCGCCGGAAAUUACCUGGUACCAUAAUGGAUCACCGCUUGGUCUUUCCGAUCGACGUGUUAUUUUACCAGAGGGUUCACUAUUCUUUUUAAAAGUAAUGCAAAAUAAACGAGAACAAGACGCAGGUGUGUACCAUUGUGAGGCACAAAACUCAGCUGGAGUGGCAGUCAGUAGAAAUGCAACUCUGCAAAUUGCAAUGCUCAAAGAUGAGUUCAGAGCGAUUCCCAAAGAUACCGUUGCUCUUGUGGGAGGUCCUGUUAUCCUCAAUUGUACUCCUCCUAGAGGCAUACCAGAGCCGUCAGUGUUGUGGAUAAAGGAUGGCAAAUUGCUGGAUAUAAGUGGCAAACGAUUAUCGAUGGUAGAUUCAGGUAGUUUGAUGAUAUCAGAAAUCCAACCUAAUGAUACUGGAAAGUAUGAGUGCUCAGCACAGAGUAUGGCAGGUACCAAGACAACACCGCCAGCUUAUUUGAAGGUACUGGCACCUCCCACAAUUGUGAAAAGUCCUCACGAUACAGAGGUACUCGAAGGUGAAGGAUUUGAUCUACCAUGUGAACUGGCUGGUGAUCCAAAGCCGGUUGUAACUUGGCGCAAAGAAAGUGGCCGCCUUCCUGAAGGGCGAUCUCGGAAACUGUUGGAUAACACAUUGAGAAUAGAAGAUGCCCGGCAAGAUGACGAGGGAAAGUACAUCUGCGAGGGACAUAACGAGGGCGGAAAUGUGACCAUAUCCGUUUACUUGUACGUUUACGAAGCGCCUACAUUUUUGGAAGCCCCAGUCGACGUCGUUAUUCGGGAAGGGGAAGGAAUCACGCUACCAUGUCGGGCAAAAGGUAGACCAACAGUGCGAAUACUGUGGGAUCGAAUUGAUAAGCCACAUGUUAACAAUACAAGCAGCGGUCCUCAAAGCCAACCACUGUUAAGUCACAAGCCCAUGGAAAAGUCAAAGCGAAGCAUUGUGCUUAAAACAUCAUCUAACCAUAUUCGCUCCUUCGCACCCGAGUCUUUCGGAAACUGGUCAAUUAAGAUCGAACCUGUAUCAGAAAAGACGCUGUUUCAGCUGCCACAUUCUUCCCGAAUACAUUUGGUUCGGAGCAAACGAGAAUCUGUAGAGCCCAGUAUCGAAAUGGAAGCGAUCUCCAGUACUGUUCCGUCUCCUCAAAGUAACAGUGUUGCUCAUUUCGAAGACAACGGAGGACUCACGCUAAAAGCCGUUGGCAAAGGUGAUGAAGGGUGGUACGCUUGUGCAGCCAUCAAUGAAGCCGGUAGCAUCGUGAAGAAGAUUUUCAUCAAAGUUUUAGACAAAGAUGAAUCACUAGAAGCACGGAAGGAACAGAUUCAUACGUACGACCAAAGCCGAUGGGUCAGCGAACAGUUUAUUGUCCUGAACAAUGUGUUUACCAUCUCUGCCAGCUCGAUUGGUGUUUCGUGGGACGUUACCGACAGUGCGACCAAAAUGCCUUUGAGAAUGUACUACCGAAUAGCCAACGAACCGAUGAGUAGCUUUCUUUACAACUCAUCAUUUGAAAGCCAAGUUACCACCAGCAAUCUGAAAGAAUUCACUCUGAACGAUUUACGCCCAUUCACCGAGUACGAAAUAUUUGCCAGCAUUCCGGAAGGUUUGUCCGGAUCGGUUUCUAAUAUCCGGCAGGGCAAAACAUUGGACGGAGCUCCGUCCGCUGCUCCCACGGAUGUGAGAGUUGGUGUUAUAAACACGACAGCUGCUUUCGUACGUUGGUCACCACCACCUACGCAUUUGCUAAAUGGAGAGCUCACAGGGUAUAAGAUUCAAAUCAAAUCCAACGCUACCAACAAAGUUUUGGGUCAAAUGGUGUUGAACUCAACCACCCAGUCGGUGGUGAUCAACAGUUUAACGCCAGGUGGAAUGUACAUUGCAAAAGUGGCUAGUUUAACUGCCGGUGGAAUUGGACCCUACAGUUUACCGACUACGUUGCAUAUGGACCCACAGAAUAUUGUCAGGACCGACCCUACUCCAAGCUACUGGAUGUCUUCGUGGAUGUCCGGCACCGCACUCGUAAUUCUUUGCGUCUGUCUGAUUGGAGGGGCGGUAUUUGCCAUCUUUUGGACCGUUCGCAAAAAGCAAAGCGUAAAGGCAUCAUAUCCUGGCCCAUCCGUGACGACAAUUAUCCCAGAUAAGCAGCACACACUUUGGUUGCAUGGAAAUACGCUGGUGAAGCCAUCGCAUUCGUUGGACCCUCCGAGUACGUCGGAAUAUGCUGAGCUUACAAACAACACACAAAAUAUCAAAAACAACACCUGCAUACCUCCGGAGCCGUACGCAACAGUGACACUGCAACGUGGGGGAACAGUUUCGGAAGAGUCGUGCAUGAAGUGCAGUCCUGUGUCCAGUGAAUAUAAUGCCCCCCUCAGGGAGCCAAUCAACAUAUCAGAUGUGCUGCCUCCUCCACCAGACCACCCAUACGGUACAUACCGCCCACCGAUGACGAUCAGAACCAAUCCUGCCGCUUUGUCACCCCAAAUGAUGCGCAAGAAUCACGCUCCACCCCCAAUGCCGAACCGGUGGGACACGAUGCCCCCUCCGAUUCCAAGCUUCCCACAGAAUUGGAUUCGUCCUCAUCAUCCUGCUGCUAUGACGAUGAAUAAUGGUGAAAUGUACUCCGAGAACGACUACGAAAGUGGAUCGGUGCUGUACGAGCAAUGCUUCCGCCCAGAUCAACAGGUAAACUACUUCAGCCAAGCUGGAGAGCCAACAGAAGAAUUUUACCGUCACAUGAACAUGGAGUUUGCCGAGGACAUGGGCUUCGAACCGGCGAGUCCACCUGCUCCCUGUCCAGAGACACCCUUCAACAGUAAAUAUCUCACAGGUGGUACCACCGAUAGCCCAAUUAUUGCGCGGAAAAUAGGCAUCAAUACAACGUCUAGAGGCCACCUCAUAAACAGUGUAUCCAGUAAUAGCAACAAUUACGUCAGCCAACAUAGCGCUGGGCAAAGCUCCGAAAGCGACAGCGACAACCGGUGGGCUCCUGCUCGGACGAAACGUAGCAGAAGUAGAUCCAAAAGUAGUGAUAGAAAAUACAAUCGCACUCUUAUUCGAUAAAGUUACCACUAUCAACUACGUAAUACAUUUCUAGACUAAACAAUGCUAAAACUCAACUCUAAUUAUAUCAUAACGAAAAACAAAAAAAAAACAAAGAUUCACCCUUUCUCUGAAUUAACAAAAAACAAGCAGCAAACUAAAAAAAACUGCUAUAACAACUUUCUCUGUAGCAUCAUUAACUUUUACCUAACAAAACCAGAUAAAACAAACUAAAACGAAAAAAAAAUAUUUCGAAGUCCCGCAGGAGCUGUACACUUACCAACGCAAACUCCACAUUUCCUCCCUCUCCUCCAAGUAAGCUUUAGGGACCUCAAAAAUAACACUAAAAACACACACUACCACAACAAAAAACUAGUUUAACAAAUCAACCACGAGAAACAAACUGAUGAUUGGUAAAAUUUUAUUGGACGCACUCACAAGUUAUCACUUCGUUCAAAUGAUUUGCAGUUGUAUUUAUUUUUGUUGUCCCAGCAACAUAUUUUCAUUGAUGUCAAAUUAUUUACAAGUUGGUGUCAACGCUCUCUUAUAUCAUAUUUUAGCUGUUUAUUUGAUUAUUCAAAAGUUACUAAAAAAACAACCAAACUACAAAUUCCAUGCUGACAGAUUAGGCUUGGAAUGUCCAACAACACUCACGUCAAAAAUAUAUGGAAAAGUAAACAAAAAAGUUAUUUUUUUUCUUAUACCUUAAAAUUUAGUUUUUUUAUGAAAUAUAAAACAAUAUGCCGAUUUUACAACGUUCAUUUACACUCGAAAAUAAAUUGACCAAAAACGCUUCCAAACCCGAUAAAAUUCGAGUCACCAUGUGUGUGUUUUUAACAAUUGUUGGAUUAUUCAAGCCUAGUCUGACACCUUUUUGAAACAUCAAAUCUUAUUUACCAAUUCAAGUUUACAAAGCAAACGUCAUCAAGAGAGCGAACAGCGUAUAAACAUACUAAUUGUGCCAUGAAAACCGCGUGGAACAGGGUAGUUGAUUGUAACACAUCCGCCCAUCCACGCCCUAGGAAAACCCAAAAGGUUAAACUCAACCUAAAUACAGUAACGUGAUGCAACAAUGACAAAAUACCAAAUACAAUGGUAGGAAAGGAGCAAAAGCAAAGAUGUAAAAAAAUAAUGUUGGUAGUAAAUAUGCAUUAAGUUAAAUACAAAAUUACGGAGAAACAAAACGUCGAAAACUCUGUAUAGUUUAUUUAUUUGCAUUUUGUUUGCAAGGCAGAAUGACCGAUGUGUUCUUAUUUUCGUGUAUUUAAAAAAAGUCAAAUGGAAAACGAUAAGUUUGCGAGUACAACGUUUUCGGGUCGAUUUAUUUCAAGUUUGAUGUUUGCAGACAAAUCGCGGAAAUGUAUGAAAUUACAAAAUGAACAUAUAAUUCACAUUCAAAAUUUUGACACAAGCGAACAAAAAAUCAAAACAUAUGACACAAAUGACGCGAAAAUAUCAACUGUGAUAAACAAAAACUAAAAUAAUGAAAACACAAAUAAUUGAGUAACUAUAUCUAACUUUAAAGGAGGAAUGAAGUAAACCACGAAAUGAAAAUGCACAUGAAUACAAAUACACUCAUUCACAAAGUACACGAAACACACACAAAAAAACACAAAAUCACAUGAAAAAUACUGCAAACAAGCGAAGAGGAGUUAAUGCCAUUCAAAACUCUGAUCACAUUUGUCAAAGAUUUUUAUUGCACAAUAUUGGAAGGUAUUAUCAACAACCAAUAUAAUGGUAAAAAUAUUAUAUUUAGACCGGAUUGGACGGCAGAACAAUGCAUUAUAAUUACAUUAAUUAAUUUAUUGCCUUAAUAGUAGCUAUUACGAUAAAUUGACAAGAAAAUGGAGAAGUGAAAGAACAAAGCAGCAAAAUAUAUGUAUUAAAUGCAAUAAUCCAAGCAUAAUCAACUUAUUAAUAAAAGCAUACAACAAAAUAACAUAUAAGCAAAAAGUAGAGGGUAAAGAACAGAAAAAAAACUCAAGAAGACUUAUUUUACAUUAUUAUUAGCAAAUAUCACUAGAGACAUUAGAUUCAUAGAGAAUAAAUAACAAACAAAAAGGAAAACAAUACAAAGCUAAACUAAAAACCAAUUCAAUUCUAUUAUCUAACAAAGACAAGCCACAACAGAAAUGAACCAUUUAUAUUAUUCCCGUGUAGAAGAAUACAAAAAACAUCAUGCAUCAUCUCCUAGUUACUCAAUUUAUCACUAAACACACUUCAUCGAUGAAUAUAGAAACAAAAAAGUCACUUUCUCUCCAAUUCUUUGGUAAACAACAAACGCAAUGCGUUAAAAAAUGUUUUCUCUUUGUUCCUAGAAAGUGUUGAAAUAUUGAAUUUAGAAAGCAGUAUUCAAUAAAUUACCCAUUUUUGAAUUGAAACCUAUUUUGCCAGAAAUGUUGCUUCUAUAAAUUUCACAAACAUUUCCAUUUACCAAAGAUUGAAAACAUAAAAAAAUCUCAUGCAUUCGUUUUUUUUUUGUUUAAGAAAAACACUAACCGAUAAAUCUAAAUUAGUACAUAAGAAAGGGUUUGUUAAUUUUGCGAAAGCUGCGGCUAAACGAUGCCAGGAAAAAAUUCCAACCAUAACUAAACAAAACAACAACAAAAAUAAUACGCGCGUAUAUAUCUCCAAGCCAUAUUAUUCGCAUUUUUUCGCUUUAAUGCUAUCUCUAUUACAUAUAUAGUAAUCUCAUAAACAAGUAAGAACAAAAUGAUGCAUAGUUAAGUAGAGAAAAAAGAAACAACAAAAGCGUGAAACGGAAAAAAGAAAAAAAACAUACAGAAGCUAGAGAGUUUGGCCAUAUUUUACUUUUACUUUUGUGUUUAACAAAUUUUAGAUACUAGUUUUUAAAAAGGGAAAACAAAAUCGAGACAAAUUACAAAAAAAAAUAAUACUAGAAAUAAAAUGAA